CAAAACUUUGUUCAUAUCUAUGUAGAGUAAUGUAUUCAUUAUAUACAAAUAUACAUGUUGAAAACAGCGAGAUAUUAAAUCGAGAAAAACAUUUUAAAUUAAUAUAAAAACAAACUAAGGAGCUUGGUCUUCAAAAUAAAAGUGGCAGACGUAACUAACCGAGAAUCUCAAAACCGAACACCAAUAAAAAUAACCUUCCAAUCGUGCAUAUAGAAAUACACCCAUAUGUAUAAAAUAACAAUUAUCAAGAACCUGUGUUAUUAAUUCUUUCAUCUAAAAAGCAUAACCGCCGGCUGAAUGUAAUGGAUACAUCAGAAGCCAAUAUGGAAGAAUCAAAUCCCAAUUACGAUGUUAACCAAAGACUACAGAAGCCAGAGGGUUGGCCCAUCGUCAACGAGUUUCAUCCCUCAAUGAUGUAUCCGGAGGACCCGAGACGGUACUUCCACAAUCCCUCCACAGAGCCACAGCCAGAACUGCAUGCCGGCAUACCGGUACCAGGACCAGUACCAGUACCAGUACCAGUACCCAUACCUAUACCCAUACCCACAGCCAUCGCCGGAGCCGUCGAAUUACCAACUAAAAUGCCAGAAUACUGCCCGGAAAUGAGCCAGCAUGUGGAGCCCGACCGGGUAAUAAAUCCCCUGGUCGAGGUGCCCAAGAACACAGUACCUAAUGCCCACAAGCGGAAAAACUCCGGGGCAGACGACCAGGCUGCAAACAAAAAGAUCAGCCUGACGGCCGCCGAGGAGAAGAAAAACAGUCAUCUGCGGAAGAACAUCCGCGAUGUGAUGAACGAAAACAACCUAGACACCACCACCCUGGCUGCGCAGCGAGAGGAGUCCGAGCGCUUGGCUCGCGUUGCUGGUCAACAGAAGUCAAUGCGUGAGAUCCAGAAGCAGGUUGUGCACAAGCAGUUCUUCCGCAUUCUCCAGCUGGACGAGAGCGAGGGCAUAGAGAGCUGUGCGGUGGCCAACCCCCCGAGAAUCCACAUCCCUUCCGUGGACUUUCCUGAGGAGGAAAUCGCGUCGGACACAUUCGACGAGUCGAACAGCAGUAGCCUCAGCGGCGGCAGCAUUGAGGACGUGCUGCACAAGGAGGCCAGCGUGCAGCAGCCCAGCGAGGUGGUCACAAUCGAUGACAGUUCCGACGACGACUGCAUCCUCCUGUCCGAGGAGGAGGCGGAAGACGAGGACGAGGACUUGAAUGAGUCGGACGAUGCCACCAACAGCGGCAUGCAUGUGAAGGACGCGUACAAUGUCCCCGACGAGAACGGUCAGGUGGUGGUCAACAUAGCGCACCCCGAGGGCGAGGAGACCCUAUACCUGGCUCCACAGAUCGCAAAGGUGAUAAAGCCGCACCAAAUCGGGGGCGUGCGCUUCCUGUACGACAACAUAAUCGAGUCCACGCGGAGGUACAACAAGUCGAGCGGCUUCGGCUGCAUCCUUGCCCACUCUAUGGGUCUGGGCAAGACACUGCAGGUCGUUUCGUUCUGUGAUAUUUUCCUGAGACACACCUCGGCCAAGACGGUGCUGUGCGUAAUGCCCAUAAACACGCUGCAGAACUGGCUGAGUGAGUUCAACAUGUGGGUGCCGCGCUAUUCCGCAGAUGGUAAUGUGCGGGCCCGCAACUUCGACAUCUACGUGCUGAACGACCAGCAGAAGACUCUGACGGCCCGGGCAAAGGUGAUCCUCAACUGGGUGCACGAGGGCGGCGUGCUGCUCAUUGGCUACGAGCUGUUCCGCCUGCUGGCACUCAAGCUGGUCAAGACGCGCAAGCGGAAGGGCAGCGUCAUCCGACCCGACGGAAUGGAUUCGAGCAGCGAUCUCAUGAAUCUGGUGUUCGAAGCCUUAGUGAAGCCGGGGCCGGACCUGGUAAUCUGCGACGAGGGACACCGCAUUAAGAACUCGCAUGCCGGCAUCUCGCUGGCACUGAAGCAGAUCCGGACACGGCGCCGCAUUGUGCUGACAGGCUACCCUCUGCAAAACAACCUGCUCGAGUACUGGUGCAUGGUAGACUUUGUGCGGCCAAACUACCUGGGCACUCGCACAGAGUUCUGCAACAUGUUCGAGCGGCCCAUCCAGAACGGCCAGUGUGUGGACUCCACUCCGGACGACAUCAAGCUGAUGCGCUACCGAGCGCACGUGCUGCACUCUCUGCUGCUGGGAUUCGUACAGCGGCGCUCGCACACGGUGCUCCAGCUGACGCUUCCCCAGAAGUACGAAUACGUCAUUCUGGCCAAAAUGACCGCCUUCCAGCGCAAACUCUACGACACCUUCAUGACCGACGUGGUGCGCACGAAAGCCUUUCCUAAUCCGCUGAAGGCCUUCGCCGUUUGCUGCAAGAUCUGGAACCAUCCGGAUGUUCUGUAUAACUUUCUGAAAAAAUGUGAGACUGAUUUAGAUUUAGAAAUCGACGAGGAGGUGUCCAAGGUCGUUCCCACCCCGACGGUCGAGCCCAGUCCAGAAAAUUCCUUGAGUGUGGCUUCGCCACUGUUCGAGAAGAAAAUCAAUGGAUCCGGCGAAACGGUCAAUAGUAUUGAUAGCUUGCCCAAAGCCGAACAACCAAACUUAUUUAAUAUGCCUGCAACAUCGGAUUUGAAUGCUAAAUAUUUAAACAAGAGCCCUAGUUUCUAUGACGAAAAGCCAGAGCCACUUAAUUAUGGAACUUUCGGCAGCGAGGGAAAAAAUAACUACUGGAUGGAAUCCAGUAUUCUUCCAAAGCCGGGAUGCGUAGAAGUCAUAAAGCAAACAGACACAAACAUGUCGAACAACUUUGAAAGUAUUACGGGAUCUUCAGAAAUCGUCGAUCUGGACACAAACGAAAUAAAAACUGUCGAGACGACAAUACAAACGCCGUGCUCCAACAAUCAAAUAGAAAAUGAGUGCAGUUCGAGCAAAGCAAGUGAAUGGAGUGCCCCGGGCAUUAAAAACGUUAGUGGCGUUGCCGCCGAGCCGUUUAAAAAGUUGCUAAAGAGUAAGCAGCGAAACGAUGAAUUUUCAUGCUCGUGGGCCGUUGACUUAAUGAAGAACUAUGUGUCGGGCCUAAUAUCAAAUUCGCCGAAAAUGGAAAUUUUCUUUUGCAUCUUGAAGGAGAGCCUGCAGUUAGGGGAUCGUAUUUUGCUGUUUAGCCAAAGUUUAUUAACCUUAAACCUACUUGAAGUGUAUCUAAAGUCUAGUUAUGUCCCUGGAAGCAAUCAACUUUGGUCAAAAAACAACUCUUAUUUUCGUUUGGAUGGUUCUACUUCUUCGCAGGAAAGGGAAAGGCUAGUCAAUGAAUUCAAUGCAAAUUGUAAUGUUACUUUUUUAAUAUCUACAAGAGCCGGCUCGCUGGGAAUCAACCUUACUGGAGCAAACCGCGUCAUAAUAUUCGACGCUAGUUGGAAUCCCUGUCACGAUACACAAGCUGUGUAUCGGAUUUAUAGAUAUGGACAGACAAAGCCCUGUUUCGUGUACAGAAUUGUAAUGGACAAGUGUCUGGAGAAAAAGAUAUACGAUAGGCAAAUCAAAAAGCAGGGAAUGUCUGAUCGAAUUGUCGAUGAAUGCAAUCCUGAGGCACAUCUUUCAAUGAAGGACAUUACCAAUCUCUGCCACGACUAUGACUCCGACGAAGAAACUGGAGACGAAUUGAACAAGACGGCAGACGAAUUGAGUAAGCCAAGCUCGCCAUCGGAGAACGGCAUUAAGAAGGAAGACGAAACUAAUUUGUCGUCAGAUGAGCCAAAAAAAUCGGAAGAAGGGCAAAAUAAACCAGCAGACGAUCAAACUGAGCAUCAAACACUAAAUGGGGCUUCUCAAUCACCAAUUAAGAAUGAAAAAGAUGAUGUUCGGGAGAAUAUUGUUCAUGCCGACUCAAUAAUUAACACCAUUCUCGAAUUGCACAGACACUGUGUGACAAAGGAACCAUUCUUGCACGAAAGUUUGUUGGUUGAUCAAAAGGACAGAAAGCUAUCCCAAGCUGAAAAAAGACAAGCUCAUCGAAGCUACGAAUUGGAAAAGAAAGCCGCCGUCAACCAGCGAUUUACAUAUACUCCUGCUAAAAUGCACUAUAAGGUCGUAAAUAACGAUGGAACUGUAAUUACAAAACCAAUGAAUCAACAAAUUAAGACCAAUACGUCCUCUUCUACUGGCGGACGUUCAACUCGUUGGAUUCCCGCUGACGUUUGGCAAAGACAGGGAAUGACUGCCCAAGAAAUGACGCUACCACUUGACGUUGUUAUUCCCACAAAUUCGGCCGAUAAAGCCAAUAUAAUUUUGAAGGCAGGCCAACGUGUAAUGGUCCUGAAGUCGGCUAAAGGUAUUUACAUGCAGUUGGAUAGCGGGAAGAUCAUUGCUAUAAGGACUACAGCAAAAACUGAACCAGAAAAACCAACAAAUAAGGAUGACGUGAUCGACAUUACUUCCGAUUGCGACACUGACACGGCAAAGCCGCAAACUCCGGAAGAAGAUGUAAAAGAUCUUACAGCUGAUGACGAACCACACUUAGUGAAAAACAGGGAAUGCUCACCAGCAACCACUAGCCGGCCAGAGAUUUCAGCCAAGGAUCGAAAGUCGACGGAGAACAUGCUAAAUUUUAAGCCGCAAACGCAACCAAAUAGUACUUUAACCAUACCGUCAAAUCAGCAUCAGCUGCCAUGCGAUUUGAAUUACCCACAGCAAUCGCAGCAACAGCAAACUCAGCCGCAGUCGCACCAACAACCGCAGCAGCAAGCACCGCCACAGCAACCGCCGCAGCAGCAAGCCUCACAGGCGUACAAACACCAGAAUCACCUGCCGAAUGCUGGCGAGGGCUACAACAAUGCCAACAGUAUUCAGCCCAAUGCGACACUACCACCGCAUCCUGGAGCUCCAAGUGGAGAAGCGGCGACUUCAGCGGACAAUUCGUACUUUCAGUCCAAGCCUUUCCAGCACACAUAUCCCCCCCAGUACUACGAUUACUAUGACAAUAAGCACAAGGCCGCACCGCCUGCUUCCAGCUACCACAUCAAUAACUACACCUCGUACGGCAAUCUGAACUUCGCCCCGUAUCACUCGAAUCUGCAUCCUCCGGCAGCUUACAUCGGUGCUCCGUCGUCAUACGUCAACUCAAACGUCUUCCCGCGACAGCAUUGGAGUUCGGUUGUAAACUCACCAGCGUCAAACGAAGCUAUUCGGCAGCCAUCGUACAUUGGUAGUAAUUACCCCAUCAACGAAUGGUCGUCCCAAUAGCGAGUGUAAAUAGCCUAGGUCCAUAUCUCCGUGUCCAGUUGAGGGCUUGAAACUGUUUACUGUGUUGUUUUGUUCGUGCUCAAUUUUAAACGAUGCUUUCUGUAUAAAAUAGUAUUUGAACAGUUUGUUUUUAAUCGCUUAGUUUACAUUUUUUAUGUAUUAAAAAAGGGCCUAAAAUGUUGACUUGUUAGGCGGAGCUUUAGCCGUUUCGCAAGUUAUAAACGCCUAAGAAGCAAACUGUCUUAUUAAAGCAUUAUCAUUAUACUAGACAAUUAAUGAGAUCGCAUAACUGAUCGAAAAACCACACGCAAUGCUUCCUAUACUUAUUAAACUUCAAUUUUACCCAUAAAGUUCUUAAGGCUUGUCAAUCUGAAUCAUUUGGAAGGCUUAUUUAUUAAGGUGUUACCUUGACUGGACAAAAGAGCUCGGCCUUUAUUCCUUAUCAUUAUUUUCAUGUAAUUUAUUUAUUAUCUUAUCAUAGUAAAUUCUUUUUUAAAGCAUAAUUACGAUAAGUUAUUAGUUUCCAUUCAGAAAAUACAAACAAAAUCUAAAUAAAUAUUCAUAGGUCGUAAUAUACUGUUUAAGCAAUCGUUCAACCCAAUUGUAUUUAAUUUAAAAGCCCAUGAAUAGAACAACUCAUACGGAAUAACAUUCGAAAUUGGUCUCCCUUUCGGACAAAGGUAGCAAUACCCCGAAAAGGAAACUAGAAAACAUUGACAUUAGCCUAGAUAAUAGCACAUUCGAAAUAAUAAAAAGCUUUGAUUAAACAAUGUUAGGUCUAAGCAAUAAAGAAAAAGUAUUAAACAACCGAA